AUGGCGCUCUCAAUCUUAUCCAUCUUGUUAGGGUCUUCGCUGGUCCUUCAAGCGUCCGGUACACCAUUGCCAACUUCUUCUAGAUGCUGUCAUCUGUUGAAUUCUGAAUUCCGAGGAGGAGAAAAAGUGCUAUACCCGCAGACCUCAGAAUACGGAGUACUAAACACUUACUUCGCCCCAACAUCCCAACAAAGUCCCUCCUGCAUCUUCACCCCAUCCGACACCUCGGACAUCUCCCGCGCAAUCAAACUCUUCACCCGCCGCUCCUGCAAAUUCGCAAUUCGCAGCGGCGGGCACCACUACAAUGCCGGCUGGGCUUCCAUAAAUAACGGAAUCCUCCUUUCCCUCAGUAACCUAAACAAAGUCAUCUACAACCCAUCUUCCCAAUCCGUAUUCGUAGGAUCCGGAAACCGAUGGCGAAAAGUCUAUAAUACAGUAGAACCCUACGGUCGAACCGUCGUCGGCGCUCAAAACUCCGAUGUUGGAGUUGGAGGGUUCCUGGUUAACGGAGGUAUCAGCUUUUUGGCAGAUCAAUACGGAUGGGCUGUUGACAACGUUCGAGAAUUUGAAAUCGUGGUGGCAGAUGGGAGGGUUUUGAAAGCGAACAAGUAUGAGAAUAAGGAUCUGUUCAGGGCACUUAAAGGCGGUUCGUCGAAUUUUGGUGUCGUGACUGGAUUUACACUUGACACUGUGGAGUCGAAACUCGCUACUGGCGCAUACGUCGAGUUCCCUGCAUCCUCUUACGAUACAUUAAUCAAUGCAGCUUAUCAAUAUUGCGUCAAAGGAGAGGAUCCAAAAAGUCAAGUUCUAUUCAUUUCUUGGUUAACAGUCAAGAAUGGAGCCAUCUCUGUAAAGGAUGCAUUAAGCCUGAUUUAUACAGACAUCAUGGAUGUACCCAAUCCACCAAAUGCAUUGGCCCCAUUUAUGGAUAAGAAGAUUCCUUCUUCUCUAGUCCAGAUACUGGGACGAAAUCAGACUAUGGGAAGCCAUGGACAUGAUUUAACACAAAUCCAACAUCCUGGAAUCCGUACUAUUAGACAGACGAUAUCAAUUAUCCCUGAUGCUCAAUUACUAAAACAGUUUCACAGAAUAUUGAUUCAAACAGCGGAACAGUAUAAAUACAUCGAAGGGUUUACAACAGAUCUUCUUUUCCAACCUAUUGGAAAGAAGUGGAUCGCAGCUGGAAACGCAAAGGGUGGGAAUUCAAUGGGUCUUACUGAGCCGGUUAUUAUCCUAUGGGUCCAGCCACAUUGGGCAUCAGCGAAGGAUGAUGAAGUUAUCGCGCAGUUUGUUACGAAGGUUAUCAUGCAGUUUGAAAAGGCAGCGAAGGAUGCUGGCAAGUUGUCGAAAUUUGAGUACCUGAAUUAUGCGGGUCCUAAGCAAGGUCUUAUGGAGGGCUAUGGGGCAGAGAGUAUUCGAAGACUACAAUCUGUCAAGAGGAACUACGAUCCGAAAAAUAUAUUUGGAACACUAUUGCCAGGAGGACCUAAGAUUCCAGGUUUAUAUUAA